AUGUUGGACGUGAAGGAGCUCUUCACCCCAAGCCGACGGCGGUUGCUGCGCGGUGAGCCGGAGCCAGACGCCCCGAGCCAACUUGGCAGCCAAUGCCUCCCGCUCUCCUGGCGCCGCUUCCCGGAUCCCGCAGCCAGCUCCCUCCUGCAGAGUCACGCGUGCCGCGCCUGGGAUGUGCUCGGGAUUUGCGAAGCCUCCUUGAGGCUCUGCCACAAGAAUCUGCACAGCAACCGCGAUGCCCUGCGCCAGUGCCGCACGCAGCUGGAGGCCCAUCUCGCCUGCGGGGCGGCCGUCCGUGACCUCCUGGCCGGGAGGUGGUCGGAUCCUCAGGACGAGGACUGGGUGUCCGACACCAUCUCCCGGCGGCCUGCAGUUGCGUCCCGUCCGCGACACUGCGUGGGCCGCGUCCGCUGCUUCUUCUGCCGCGAGCGCGACUCGCUGGAACGGGAGGAGGGCGAAUUCGGUGGCACCAGCGAUCCCUGGGACCUGGAUUCGGCGGUCCUUGGCGACGUGAGCUGCGCGACCUCCUCGGACAGCUUCCGCUCCAUGCGUGCCAGCGAGGCGCGCGAGGCGCGCGAGGCGCCAGAGGGAGCUCGAGAGACCGCGGGUGCCGGUACCAGCGAAGGAACGGCCCCGGCCUCAGCCCCAAGCUCGCGGAAGGUGCGGCGGCGCAAGACCUCUCGAGAGCGGGGGCGGGUCCUCUACAAGCUUCGACGGAAGGAGUGCUCCGCAGUUCCGACCUGGUACGCGACCCACACCGUGGAGCCCGAGCCCCCGAGGAUCCUGCAGAAGAGCAGCGACCGCAGCAGCGGCUGCGGCAGCGGCACCCGCAACGGCGGGGAGGGCGCCUUGAGCCAGGAGUCGAAGUCGGAGGUACGGGAGGGCAUGGAUCCGGUGGAGCCAGUGGAGCUGCAGAGGCCCCGGCUUGACAUGAGCCAGGUCCAAGAAGGGGAAGCCCUGCACGGGGAUCUCCAAGGGGCCGAUGCCGCGGACGCCGCGGAGCUGGAGCCGUAUACGACGGCCGCGGCCAGGUUCCGCGCGGAGAUGGAGUUCCUGGACAUGUCAAGCUUCCCUGGCAGCCCGGAAGUGAACGUCCCCGAGCGUCACAAGGGCAUGGAGCGAGACUCGCCAGAAAAGGCUCUGCCUCGGCCCAUGCCCCUCGACGACAUCGAGGUGUGGCAAACACCCGCGCCGCCUGCUCCGCCUCCCUCGGCCAGCCACGCGCGUGCGCGCAAGUUCCUGUCGGAUGGCGAGACUUUUGAGGAGCCCUCUUCCGGCCCCGACAUCCCUGCGGCGUGGAGAUGGACUCUCUGCACCUUCAGGCUGCUGAAAGAAGGCCCGGUGAGAAAGCUCGCCGUGCUCCAAGGCUGGGCAGCGGCCGUGAAGAGGCAGCGGACGCCCCUGGCAUCCAUCGGUGCUGUGCACCAGCCCUGUGUCACAAGGCCUGCCGUACCUGUUCGGAAUGAAGCCUCAAUGGAGGCCAGUCCUGCGGUACCUUCUGCAAGCCGAUGA